AAAGGGUCAAGAAGGAGAAACCAAGAUAUUCCAUUAUAUUCUGUUCUACGGGUGUGCUUGCAGCUUUGGAGGAUUUCUUGGAUUCAAUCGAUGGCUUCAUCAGGAUAUUGACCUUGCUCUCCAAAUUGAAAAGCCAAUUAUAGAUGAUAAGAGUUCCACUGAAGAUAAGGAUCUCUUGAAAAAGUGGGAGAGAAGUGAUAGGCUGAGCAUACAGUUGAUGCGAAUGCACAUUGAUGCAAACAUUAAAGAAUCGCUUCCCAAACCUAAAAAUGCUAAGGACUUUAUGGAAAUCGUAAAGGAACGCUUUAAGACAGCGGAUAAGUCUCUAGCUGGGAAGCUGAUGACAGAUUAUACCACCAUGAAGUAUACCGGUGUAAGGUCAAUGCACCAGCACGUGAUAGAAAUGCGUAUCAUUGCUGCUAAGCUCACUGAGAUGAAAUUAAUUGUGGAUGAGAACUUUCUUGUCCAAUUCAUUCUCAAUUCGCUUCCGCCUCAAUAUGCCCCUUUUCAAGUGCAUUACAACACUAUUAAGGAAAAGUGGACUGCAAAUGAACUGGGAAACAUGUUGGUUCAAGAGGAAGCUAGGAUAAACCAGCAAGGGCUUAAUCAAGCACAUUUCGUCAAUCGAGGAGUGAAUAAUAAGCUCAAGCCUGCAAAGGGCAAUAAGGGAGCACCACAGAAUAAUUCUGGUCAACCCGAAAAGAAGAAGGAAAAGCAAUAUGACAAUAAGUGUCGUUUCUGUAAGAAACCUGGUCAUUUUCAGAAAGAUUGCAGUAAGAGUCAAAAAUGGUUCGAAAAGAAAGGGAUACCUUUCAAGCCAACACACAAACCAGAAUGAAAACUUCCUUUUUAUGGGCAAUGGCAAUAAAACCCCAGUUAAUGCUGUAGGCACCUAUCAUGGAUACUUUCUUGAUUUAGAAAACACUCUUUAUGUUCCAACUAUUUCCCGCAAUUUAAUUUCAGUUUCUCAACUAGAUAGACAAGGUUUUCAA